UGCCGGUCGCGGGAAACAGGGGACGCGACUCGAAGACACCAAGUCAGCGGCCCCCUGAGUGUGCUGAUGUGUUAGGGCGGGGGAAGACGACACUCACACAACGCAACCUCAGCGGAGCCCGCGGCCGUGUGGGGGCUUUGCUCGCGGCAGUGCACCUUUUCUAGACUCUGCCCUUGAGUGACACCUGCGCGGCCCAAUCGCUGAGCGCCUCUUCCCGAGGGGCGGGGGGCUUGAGGGAUUUCUGUCUCUUUUUGACCAGCUUCCUGGGCUUACUUUGAGAAUCACGAUUGUAGUUGUUGGACCGGUGGUUUUAACUCCAGCCUCCCUGCUGCCUACAAUUUAGGCAACUGCGUGGGUUCUCCUCGCCUUCAUACUUUAACCCGAGAGCCGCCGACAGCAGCUACGGUCUGGCUGUGAGCGCGAGAACGUCAGGAUCUGGCCUCAAAACCUGAAAUCAUGCCUUCUUUCCCCCUCUCAGGCUCCCACCAAAGCAAAACUCCUGGUUAACUUUUAUAUUCUCAGCAGACCCCCAUCAGUCGUUCCUCUCCCCCCUAACUCCCUUUUUCUGCUAGGAGCUGGGGCCAUCAAAAGCGUCAUAUUUUGUUGAUGGGAGAUAUAAAAGUCUCUGUUCUUAUACUCAUUCUCCAUCAGGUUCUUAAAAUUUUGCAUUGUAUAUCUUUUUAAAAAAAUUCAUCCGCCACUCUCCCACCCAUUCUUCCCCACCCUCACGCUCUGCUGGGAAAGCAUCAUCGCAUUUCAAGAUCCAUCUGGAUCUACUGCAUCCGGAUUAACUCAACGGGGGAAAUUAUAGAUGAGGUUGCAGGCCGAUCCGCGUCCCUGGAGAGCUUGUGUUUUCCUGCUGGAAGAGCAAGGUGAUUUGAAUCCAGACUCUCCUGGGACCUUCAGACAUUUCACAGUCUGAAUGUCAGCAACUGAAAAUGCCUUUAGACGAUGAAGCAUCUGAAGAUGACUCAGAUUCAGUUUCUUCAAACAGUGCAAGAGCCUACAUUUUCCAGUGAGAGAGUGUAACAAUUUCUGUACGCUAUGGAAGAUUUUGACUUGGGGAAACCCUUACAAAAAGCUUCAUCUUCUAUAGAAUCUGAUAAUUCUCCCCAUUCUCUUGGACUGAACUUAAGUACUAAUAGAAGUAGUCCCCACCUUAGUACAAAUGGGGUAUCCUCUUUCUCAGGGAAGACCAGACCGUCUGUAAUUCAAGGUACAGUUGAAGUCCUAACCUCUUUAAUGCAAGAGCUACAAAACAGUGGAAAGACUGAUUCGGAACUUUGGAAAAACUGUGAGACCAGGUGGUUACAACUAUUCAAUUUGGUGGAAAAACAAUGCCAAGAGCAGAUAGUUGCCCAGCAGGAACAGUUCCACAACCAAAUUCAACGUAUACAGAAGGAGAUAAAAAAUUUAGUCAAGUUACAGACCAAUAAUGCUUCCUGGGCUUCCUGUGAUAGAAGUUCUUUAAGCAGACAAAUAUCUUCAGAAAGUCAAAUGGGUUUUUUUUCUGAAAACAGUGAGAGAAAUGAAUCUGUUAUCAGUUAUCCCAAGUCUAAAGAACUUGAAAUGCAGCAAGAAACAUCCAUGUCACAACCAGACUGCAAUGUGGAUAGUAGCUCAGUGAGCAGUGGGUAUGGUACCUUUUGUGUCUCAGAACUAAAUACCUACAAAUCUAAGGACGCUCAAGAGUUCAUGGAGCACGCAGAGGUUUCUAAAGGACAGUUUGGAGCACCAGUGGUGCAAACGGAGUCACUUGUAGAUGGUGUGAAAAACCAUAGUUUUUAUAUACAUACAAAUGAAGAGUUUUGUGCAUCUUUAAAGGAAGAUACUCCCAUUUUUCCUGGUGAAUUUGAACACAGUUUUCUUGGUGAAAAUAAGAUUUCGGAAGUAUACAGUGGAAAAACAGAUAAUAAAUCUAUAACAUCAUGGGCUCAAAAGCUGAAGCAGAACCAACCAAAGAGAGCACAUAAAGAAGAGGGGUGUUCAAAAUCUAUGCAAGGAAAUGAGCAAACCAAGAAAUCACCAAUUGAGAAAUCUGAUUUCACUGCUGCUACAAAUUCUCGAGUUUUUUACCUCAACAAACCAGAUGAGAGUCCAAAUUGUUGGAUGUCUGAUUCAGGAACAGGACUGACUUACUGGAAAUUGGAGGAGAAGGACAUGUAUCACUCUUUGCCUGAGACUUUAGAGAAGACAUUUGCUCCAGCCUCCUCCACGGAUAUAUCACCAAGCCAGUCUAAUACUAGUAAUGAGAUGAAGCUACCAUCACUGAAGGAUAUUUAUUAUAAAAAACAGAGGGAAAUCAAGCAGUUACCUGAGAGGAAUCUCCCUGCUGCUUCCAACCCAAAUCAUCCACCGGAGGUACUGACUCUCGACCCAACAUUACACAUGAAGCCAAGUCAGCAGAUUUCAAGGAUUCAGCCACAUGGCUUUUUGAAUGCCCUUGAUGACAGAAUAUCCUUCUCACCGGACUCUGUUCUAGAACCUAGCAUGACUAGUCACUCUGACAUAGACUCGUUUUCACAAGCAAGUCAUGUUACUUCUCAAUUAUCUGGAUUCCCAAAAUAUCCUUCAAAUACAAAAGUUUCUCCAGUGGACUCUUGGAAAAAUCAUGCAUUCCAAAAUGAAAAUAGGACCAGUUCCACGUUUCCUGCAGUAUAUACUGUUGGUAGUAACGACAUCUCAGUCAACAGUGUAGAUGAAGAAAACACUGGCCUGGUACCUUUUGCCUCAGUCAGUCAGUCCCAGCUUCCAGGUACAGCCAGUGGUGUCCCAGAAUGCAUUUCACUGACUUCCCUGGAAGAUCCUGUGAUAUUGUCUAAGGUUAGGCAGAACCUGAAGGAAAAGCAUGCUCGACACAUCGCAGAUCUUCGAGCUUAUUAUGAGUCAGAAAUAAAUAGUUUGAAACAGAAACUGGAGGCAAAAGAAAUUCCUGCAGUUGAAGAUUGGAAGAAAACCAAUCAAAUUCUUGUAGACAGAUGUGGCCAGUUAGAUAGUGCUCUGAAUGAAGCUACUAGUCGUGUGAGAACACUUGAAAAUAAGAAUAACUUGCUGGAAAGAGACGUGAGUGAUCUUAGAGAACGCUUCAGUGCAGCCAGCAGUGCCUCCAAAAUUUUGCAGGAACGAAUUGAGGAAAUGAGAACAAGUAAUAAAGAAAAAGACAAUACCAUCAUUCGACUGAAAUCUAGACUUCAGGAUUUAGAAGAGGCAUUUGAGAAUGCUUACAAACUCUCAGAUGAUAAAGAAGCAAGACUAAAACAAGAAAAUAAAAUGUUUCAAGAUCUUUUAGGAGAGUAUGAGUCCCUUGGAAAAGAACACGAAAGAGUAAAGGAUACAUUAAAUAAAACUGAGAACAAAUUGCUUGAUGCACAUACUCAGAUUUCUGAUUUGAAAAGAACAAUUUCAAAACUUGAAGCUCAGGUCAAGCAAGUAGAGCAUGAAAAUAUGUUAAGUCUUCGUCAUAAUUCUAAAACUCCUAUGAGACCCUCACGUGCCAACACGCUGGCGAGCUCUGACGUCAGCCGGCGGAAGUGGCUGAUCCCGGGGGCAGAGCACUCCAUCUUCACCGGGCAGCCUCUGGACACGCGGGACAGCAAGGCAGACAGCCAGCCAGAGGACACCUGCCUUCCUGGGUGCCAUUCUCCUCUGGAAAAGGAUUCUUCACCUGGAAGUUCACCGAGUUUAUUGAUAAAAAAACAAAGAGACACUUCAGACACACCAAUCAUGAAAGAACUUGAUGAAGAAAAAGUAUUUAAAAAUUGGGGCACACAGACAGAGAAAGAGGAUACCUCAAGUAAAUUAUUGACUCCUAGGCUAACUGACACUUCAGUCAAUGCAAGUCGGUCCCCAGAGAAAGGUGCCCAGCAAAGACAAAAGAAAUUUAAUUCUGCUUCACAGAGAUCGUCAUCUUUACCACCUUCAAAUCGUAAAUCAAGUACUCCAACAAAAAGAGAGAUUAUGUUAACACCAGUGACUGUGGCUUACAGUCCAAAGCGAUCCCCUAAAGAAAAUUUGUCCCCAGGAUUUAGUCAUCUACUAAGCAAAAAUGAAAGCAGCCCGAUUCGAUUUGAUAUACUUUUGGAUGAUUUAGAUACUGUUCCUGUGCCUACAGUACAACGUCCCAAUCCAAGGAAACAACUCCAGUUUCUUCCUCUAGAUGACUCAGAAGAAAAAAAAUACUCAGAAAAAACCACUGACAUCCAUGUUAAUCAUAGCUCUUCCCCCGAACCGUUGCCAAGUGGAGCGAAGAAAGUCUCUGUGAGAUCAGCCUGGGAGAAGAAUCAAUCAGUUAGCUAUGAACAGUGCAAGCCUGCCUACGUACCGCCACAGGGUAAUGAUUUUGAGUAUACAGCAAAAAUUAGGACCCUAGCUGAAACGGAACGGUUUUUUGAUGAACUUACAAAAGAAAAAGACCAGAUUGAGGCAGCACUAAGCCGAAUGCCGUCUACUGGAGGACGAAUCUCUCUGCAGACGAGAUUGAAUCAGGAAGCCUUGGAAGAUCGUUUGGAGAAGAUUAAUCGAGAGCUGGGUUCAGUUCGUAUGACAUUAAAGAAAUUUCAUGUUUUGCGCACCUCUGCAAAUCUUUGAGAUUUGUAGCCAUUAAAUUUUGAGACAGUUUUGUUUGCACUAAUGUGUAAUUAUGCACUCAGAAAAGGCAAACUAUUUUGUACUGUUUAUAAGCUUUCACACAGUAGUUUUACAAUCAUGCUAUUCUUUACACUUGCUAUUUUAUACUUCAAAUGGCCACAUAUUUUCAAGAUAUUUUUAUUAUGCUCAGGAAUCUCUUGUAUAUUUUACUAUUUAAAAAGUAUUAUUUUUAAAUAGUAUAUGUAUCCAAUUUAUAUCAAGAAUAAGGAAAUGUAAAUAGGGGAGACAGCUUUGUUUCUAAACAAAUAGUGUUAUCCUUUUACCAUUAACUUUGCACACCAAUUUUAUAAACUUGUUCUACAUUGUGAAUAUGAUUCUUUUUUUAAAAAAAUAAAUGCUUAAGAACAGCUUCCGUAAUGAUAGACUAAUACAUGCUGAAUGCAA